AUGGACUCCAUUUUUUUAGAAGAUGAUGCAAUUGGACACGUAAAUAAUAUAGACCAUAUAGAUGAUAUUAAUAACAUCGGAGUUAUUAAUAAUACAAAUAACAUAAAUACUGUUAAUGAUGUUGUAGAUGAAUUUAAUUUUAAAGAUCAAUUAAAACAUUUGAAAAAUAUGAAAACCUGCUCAACCCGUUAUAACAGUAUGCCAUCAUCAAACAUUGAAAUGUGGUAUGAUCAAGAACUAAUGGGAAAUCAAAACAUUUUUUUUUUAAAUGAUCCAGAGAAUGACAUAUUUAAUUUUUCAAGAGGAAUAAACAACGAUGAAUAUUACAAAAACUAUUAUAUUGAUAAAGAAAAUCAAGCAAAAAUAGAUUAUAAUCAGAUUUAUCAUAAUUUUGAGAAUAAUCAUAACUUUGAAUAUUUAAAAAAUUCUGAACAUUAUGAAAAAUCACCUGAACAAGUUAUAGUUAAUAAAAGAUAUUAUGAGAAUUUACCUGAACAAGUCAUAAUUAAUAAAAAGGAUAUGUUUAAAAACGAUGAAGAAAAGUAUAAUGAGGAGGGGCAAGUGCAUAUUGAUAUGAGCAAAGUUAUGUAUGAUAUAUAUUUUUUAUGUUUUCAUAAAAACGGGUGUGAAUAUAUAAUAAAAAAAUUAAAAGAAGAUAAUAAAGAAGAAAAAGAAAUAAUAUUAAAUUCAUUAUUAAUUGAUACAAUGUCUUUAUGUCCAGAUAUAUAUGGUAGUUAUGUAGCGCAAAGUAUAUUUGAUUUAAAGGAUGAAAAAUAUAAGGAACGUUUUACAGAUGAAUUUUUAAAACAUACAAGUUUUCUUACAUUACAUACAUAUGGAUGUAGACUUAUACAGAAGUCACUAGAAUCUUUAUCUGAUGAAUACAAAUGUAAAAUAUUUAAAGAAUUACAAGAGGAUUUAAUAAAAUAUAUAUGUCAUCAAAAUGGGAAUCAUGUUAUACAAAAAUGUGUAGAAGUAUUACCAUGUAGUUAUAUAGAUAUAAUAAUAAAUAUUAUUGAAGAAUAUUUACCCUUUCUAAGUUCUCAUGCCUACGGUUGUAGAAUAGUACAAAGAAUAUAUGAAAUAGGAAACGAGCAACAAAUUAACAGAUUGAAUGAGCAAAUUAUUAAAAAAAUACAUCUCAUCAAAAACAGAUAUGGAAAUUAUGUUAUACAAAAGUGCUUUGAACACUCUGAUGAUAACAUAAGAUUUAUAAUUACUGAUGAAAUUGUAAAUGAUAUAUACAAACUCUCAUCCCACAAAUAUGCCUGCAAUAUAAUUGAAAAAAUUUUAUUAAAAAAAGAGUACAAGUACAAAAAGAAAAUCAUCAAAAAGAUUGUCAGCGAUAUAUCUGAUGGAAAGGAUAAUAUUAUAAACAUUUGCAAAGACUGCUAUGGUAAUUUUAUGAUGCAGAAAUUAUUGACAACUUGUAGAAAAAAAGAGAGAAAUUUUAUUAUUAAAACUAUUAUAGAAAACUUAGACAAGUUAAAAGACGAAACAUAUGGGAAAUACAUUUUGAGAGCUAUUAACAAUUUGGAAAAAUAA